CUGGCCGCAGCCCAGGCUGGCGGGAUCGCCCCGAGGCGGUGGCUGCCCGGACACUGCGGCCAGGCCGCCCCCUGCUCCUGUCUUCCAUCCAGUCUUUGGGUGUCGGCCCUCGGGGCUGGGUGCGCGGGCCUUGCUGUGUGCACACGUGUGCUGGGCCCGAGCGAGGCGAGAACGCAGUUCUGGAGAGGCGUGUGUGCAAAUGUGGGCCGUGCACGUACUUGCAGGCACGGGUUUGUAUGCGUGGCUGCGGCCUAUGGAUCAGCCUGCUGGGGUGCACGUGCGGCCCAGCGCCAAGGGACAGAGCAUGGGGACACCCGGAAGCCCGCGGGGUCAGGCGCGGCGGCAGCCCCAAAGCCAGGUCAGCAGUCGAGUAGCUGGGGCCCCUGAGGGCUUGAAGCCUUCACAGUGAUGGCGGAGAAGCGGCCCCUGGGGACCCUGGGGCCUGUGAUAUAUGGCAAGCUGCCCCGCCUGGAGGCAGACUCUGGACCUGGGCACAGCCUGUCCUCUUCUGUUGGUAACCAGGACCCCUGCAGCUACAAGGGUGCCUACUUCUCCUGCCCUAUGGGGAGUGCUCCCAAGGCAGGGUCUGAGCAGUUGGCAUCUUGGACCCCAUAUCCACCCUUGUACCCCACCAGCAUGGCAGGACCCCCUCUUCGGACAGACAGCCUGUUGACCAGUUGCCUGCUGUACCGCCCAGCAGCAGAAAGCUCUGAGAAGGUGCAGGACCCUGGCCCUGUUGAGCUCCUGCCCUUUGGUCCCCAAUCUCAUUCCUACCCAGGCCCACCAUUGGCAGCACCCAAACCUGUCUACCGCGGCCCUCUGUGUUACGGGCUCUCGGCUUGCCUGGGGGAUGGGGCGGCGAAGAGGCCACUGGAUGUUGACUGGACGAUGGUGCCCGGACCCCUCUUACCCCCGGCUGACCCGUCUUGUUCUCUGACCCCAACUCCUGGCAAGGGCCAGUCCCUAGAUGGCACCUUCUUGCGUGGUGUGCCAGCUGGGGGAUCUGGCAAGAACUCAGUGAGCUUCUCCCCGUGCCAGGCAUUUCUGGAGAAGUAUCAGACCAUCCACAGCACAGGCUUGCUGGCCUCCAAAUAUGCAGGUCCUUACCCUGGGGACCCCAAGCAGGCAUUGUCUGACGGACCUCCCAGUCCAUGGACCCAGCUGGCCCAACCGCUGGGGCCAGCCUGCCAGGAUACAGUGCCUACCCACUACCCGCUCCCUCACCCUCCACAGGCCCUGCCUUGCCCACCAGCCUGUCGCCACCCGGAGAAGCAGGGGAGCUACAGCUCAGUGCUUCCCCUACAACCUCUGGGAGCCCACAAGGGGGCUGGGUACCCAGCUGGUGGGCUGAGCAGCCCCUACCUGAGGCAGCAGGCUGCCCAGGCACCCUAUAUGGCCUCAGUGGGCCUGGACACUUUUUCUUACCCCUCUGCCCCACUCCCCGCACCGUCACCAGGCCUCAAGCUGGACCCACCUCUUGCUCCCCGGUGCCCAAUGGACUUUGCCGCCCAGACACUGGGCUUUCCUUAUGCCCGGGAUGACCUCUCUCUCUAUGGAGCAUCCCCGGGGCUUGGAGGGACGCCGCCUUCCCAAAACAGUGUACAGGCUGUGCCUUCCAGUGUGCAGCCCAGUGCCUUCCAGCGAGCAUGCCAGUCCCUGCCUGCCAGCCAGCCCUGCUCAGAGCCCGUGAGGCCUGUGGAGAAGCCAGUCCAGGAAGCAGAGGAGAAGGUGUGGCUGCCCAGCUGCAGGAAAGAGCAGCUCCAGCCCCAGCUCGAUGAGCAUCCUGGGGCACCCAUUGUCAUUGGGGAUAGCCCAGUUCCACGCACCCCUCCAGCGCUCCCACCAUGCGCCCAGGAGCGCCAGUCUCUGCUGCAGAACAAGGGUGCUCUGCCGCCUGGCUCUCCGCCAAUGCCGAUUAUUGACAAUGUCUUCAGCUUGGCCCCCUACCGUGACUAUCUGGAUGUGCAGGCUCCCGAGGACUCGACUGAGCCUGACCUGGCCCCAGCCCCCAGUGAGAGCCCUGCCAAAGACUGUGGGGGAACCCUGCCAGCCCAGGAGGCCCCUUCAAAGGCUCCCUGCUCACUUAGAGAGGAGGUGGCCCUGGACUUAAGUGUGAAGAAGCCCUUGGCAGAGGCUCCUGUCCGGGUUCCUAGUCCCGAGGUGCGUGCCAGGCCCACGGCAGCCCUGGAUGUGCCAGGUGUGGGGAACACAGUCUUGGAUCUGCCAGAGCUGGAAAAGAUAGUCACGGAAACGCCAGGGCUGCCCGGGGUGCCGGCAGCCACCGAGGCCACCACCCCAAGGACCAACUUCCACAGCUCCGUGGCCUUCAUGUUCCGAAAAUUCAAGAUCCUCCGGCCAGCACCCCUGCCAGCCACUGUGGCCCCAUCGGCGCCCACCCCAGCCACUGCGCCCGCCCAAGCUGUACCCACCCCCACGACCGUGCCCCUUGGUCUCCAGAUUCUCACGCAGCCCUUGCCCGUGGCCUGCUUCAACAUGGCGCUGCCCAGUCCUCCCGCUAUGGCCGCGGCCCCCACUCCCGCGCUGGCCCCCUCACCUGCCCAGGCCCCAGCCCCGGCCCCGACUCCAGCCUCUCCCCCAGCCCCAGCAGACUCUCCAGAGCAACACUUCACGGGCCUGCACGCAUCCUUGUGCGAUGCCAUCUCGGGCUCAGUGGCACACUCUCCUCCCGAGAAGCUGCGGGAGUGGCUGGAGACGGGGGGACCCUGGGGCCGGGCGGCGUGGCAGGACUGCCAGGCUGUGCAGGGGCUGCUGGGCAAGCUGCUGUCACAGCUGCAGAGCUUCGUGUGCACGCAGCAGUGCCCCUUCCCCCACGUGGUGCGCGCCGGCGCCAUCUUUGUGCCCAUCCACCUGGUGAAGGAACGCCUCUUCCCCCGGCUGCCGCCGGCCUCCGUGGACCAUGUGCUACAGGAGCACCGCGUGGAGCUGCGACCCACCACGCUAUCCGAGGAGCGCGCGCUGCGUGAGCGGGCCCUGCACGGCUGCACCUCGCGCAUGCUCAAGCUGCUGGCUCUGCGCCAGCUGCCCGACAUCUACCCCGACCUGCUGGGCCUGCAGUGGCGGGACUGUGUCCGCCGCCAGCUGGGUAACUUUGACACUGAGGCUGGAUCUGUGCCCUCCUCAGAACCCACCAUGGCCAGAGAUGAGCCGGAGAGCCUAGCCCUGGUCUGGAAGUCACCUGUCCCCAAGGCCAGGAAGCCAGGGAGGAAGCCACCAACCCCUGGCCCGGAGAAAGCAGAGGCAACCGCUGGGGAAGGGUCCCAUGGUACCUCCCCUACCCCUGCUGCCAGCACCAGACCCCCUGGCCCCACACUAAGGGCCCGCUUCCGCAGCCUGCUGGAAACUGCUUGGCUCAGUGGCCUAGCACUGCCCACUUGGGGCCAUAAGGCCUCAGGGCCAGACCGGUCUGUGCCCCACCCACAGGUGCUGGGUGGCCAAAGCCAUCACCUGUAGCCUUGGUGGCUGUUUGGACAGCUGCUGUGUGGGGGUCACUGUCUGGACCCCAACCUUUUGUAAGGCCAGCUGCCCAGGGCCAGGAGUGGACAUGCCAUUGGAGCUUCUCCUGCUCUCUUGCCCCCCACCCCCACCCCGUAGUGGGCUGAGAGCCCCUGAACUUUUUACUUGAGGGCCUUUUUUAUUAGAAAGGACUACUUCCUGUUUCUUCCUUAGAGAAAAUGUGUGGGCUUUGGAGCUCAACAGACUUGGGCUUGAAUCCUUGGGCUCCUGUGUUCUUGCUGUGUAACCAGGCAAGUCACUUCCUACCUUGAGCCCUCAGUUCCCAGUUUGUAAGAUAGGACAACGCAGCCUACCUCACAGGGUUGUUGUGGGGGUGAUGCCUGACACACACCCAUUAAGGUUUGUUCUCUGCUCCCUCCCCAGGACGGGGGCCUAGAUCCCAGCCAGGGCCUAGAAUAGGAGGCUAAGGCAAGUAGAACCUUCUAGAAAGUCUUUUUGUGUCAUAGGACUUGGUUAUUUAGGGUGAUACAGUGUACAGUGUGUAUGACUUACACUUUCUAGAGUCAUUUCCCAGGAAAGCCUGGGGCUAUGCCCUAAAGUCUGGGGUUGGGCCCUGACCCUCCCCAGCCUGGAAGCUCUCUGGGGAGCCUGCUCCUUCCUUCCUUCACUACAGGGGGUGCCCAGAUACAGCCUGGGGCUGACAUCCUUGUUCUGGGCCUGCUGCUUUCACCUCUGGGAGGCCCCAGGCCUGUCCUGAAUUGACACCAGUAACUUCCUUGAGCUGCCUUGUCCCCCCGGUGCAUCUUCCUGAGAAAGUGGUAUGUUUGCUAGAAGCCAAGCAGCUGCAGGGACUCAGGGACUAGACAAGACAGGCUGAAUGACAGCUGGAUCCUGGGAGGUCUUCAAAGAUACGGACUGGGGACCUUGGCAUUCCCCAAGCCAGAGCCCCAUCGGUCACGCCUGCUAUGAGUGACCUCCUUACAGAGUACUAAACUGAGCCAGACGCUGGCAAGCUGGGCCCUUGGCCUGGCUAAGGUUUGUAAGAAGGCUGUGGGCCCAGGAGGCAGGCCAUUAAACAUUAAAGCAUUUGGGUUGUUUUUGGA